CUGUAUUGUCUGCGACUGUCUGUCGCCAAACCCGCCCAAGUUCGAAAAAAAGAAACAUGUCGGGGAGAAGAGCACUUUGCAAAGAUUCAAACGUGACAUAUGAAGUCACCGUCAACGAUGGAGUUUAUGCUGACUCAACCAUCAUUAAGGACAUCUCUAAACAAGGGAAGUUCGUAGAAGACGAUGAUAGCGACCCACCGGUUGUCUUUUUCUGCGGGAGUUGCAAGUUGCCUGUCGGUGACUCGUUGUCUUGGGCUGGGAGUGAGGACGAAAAAAAUCAAAUACUCCUGAAACGUGUCAGUGACAAUGUUUUGGUUGGCGAAGAAACUCACUUCUCCGGUACCUGUAAGAAGGAUCUAGGCUGUCUGAAAGUCCACCUGACCUGUCGUGGCUGCAGCUCUCUGCUUGGCAUGGUCUACAUCUCUACACCCAGGAAACUGGACCACAUCAGGUCUCUGUUCUGCCUCAAUGUGACUGCCAUAGAGAGCUAUGUCCUGGGGUCUUCCAGUCAGCAGGUGGCAGCAGUGAGCCCCAAGCAGCAGCCGGUCACUCUGGAGUACAGACAGGCUGUAGAGCGACAACUGGAUGAGAUUAAGGCGGUGACUCUGUCUAUGGGGCAGAGGUUGUUGGUGCUGGAGGGUGACCAGCAGAGUAAAAGUCAGAUGUGAUGAUGCAUCUUGACAGUGAUGGACCACACUACGUCAUGGGGGGGGUGGGUGGUGAGGUCUCUCAUACACACAUCACUAAGUAACUCAA